AUGCCGAUAACGAAGGAUUUGGUCAGCGGGCUGCUCAGCGACUGGGAGCUGGACCUGCAGAGAAGAGCUAAGAUGGGAUUAGAGAAGAAGGGAAGGAAGCCGUACAAUGCAAAGGACGAAGAAUGGUUCGACGAGGACUCAUUGUAUACAGGUGUGAAGCUGAAAGUGGAUAAGGACGGCAGCAUCAUGUGUAAACGCAUGGAGGGCAGCCAGAAGGUGAUCGUAAAGGGUAUCGAGAGCCCAGACAAGUGCAGCUAUUCACAGAGCGUCUACGACAUGGAGGGCGUGCUCGAGGUCGACAAACCGGCAAAGAUCUUCGACAUGAAGGAGUUUAAGAGGAAGGUGGACGACGAGCUGUCGCAGCCCUACCACAACAAGAAGAAGCUGCAGUUCCUCUGCUUCGUCUCGAUCAGCUUCGUGGUCGACACCAAGACUCCGCUGAAGACUCCCUGCUGGCUGCUCAUUCUCAACAUCAGCGCUCUCGAUUAUCUCAACGACAUCAUGGCCGUGAGAAAGAGACAUUCGUCGUCGCACUCCGGCUCGCUGAUGGAUGCGAAGCCGUACACACGCUCCGUACCGGACAUGUCUUACAGACAGAGCAUGGAGCUGGACAGGCGGCGAGUAGCAGCGCCCUCUCCCUCCAACAGAGACAGCAUCGGCGAGAGCUACACGCCACCGCCGUCGCCACCGUCGCCAACGCCCAUGAGCGGCUCCCAAUACCUGGAGGCACCUGUCAACGGGAUGAACGGAUACAGCCGACAGGACCGAGCACGCCAUAGUAUAUAUGACAAACCACGGUCCCCACAUCGGUCUAUGAUGCACAUUCCCAUGCACAUGCCCUACCAGGAGCCGAUCUACGUCCCGACGGGCUACCCAAGCUAUGGCUUCCCGCCUUUUGUGGGACCCAGACCCGAGUUCAGGAACGUCUACCGGCCAGAGUAUAUGGAGCCUGCCGAACACUACGACAUGGACGAGCCGAGCGGACACUUUAGCGCCCGACCGCACUCGUCGGCCGAGGUGAAGCGACGCGGAAACGGCCACCAGGUGUUCGACCUCAACGGCAUGGACACGCUCAGGUCGAAGAUGUCAGAGCGCAUGCGCGACGACUCAGAGACCUGGCACCACAACGAUAGGCGCGACUUGGAGUCGCAGCUUGGCACUCUGCCCCGCAAUUUCGGCAGUCCGAACAGGGCUCACCAUCUGAUCAUGAACGGAGAGGUCGUCGGCAGGAGCAAUGGCGCCAGUGGCGGCACCAGCAGCGCCAGCGGUACGCUGCAGAGAUCUAGCAAGAAAGAAAACGGACAUCACCAUCCUAAAUCGGACAUCCAAGCCGACUUUUAAAGCUCACUGUUUCGGCUUGUACAGUGAGCAGGGUGAUGAAGCGAGAGAUAGAGAAAGGGGAAGGGAGAGAUGGUGCGUGGAAGGGGGAGAGUGAGAGAGAUAUAGAGUAAAGAAAUGUAUACGUGUGUGUGUGUGUGUGUGUGUGUGUGUGUGUGUGCGUGCGUGCGUGCGUGCGUGCGUGCGUGCGUGCGCGAGUGCGUGCGAUUGUGUGUGUGUGUGUGUGUGAGUGUGAGAGUGUGAGCGAGAAAGAGAGAGUGAGUGAAUGAGUGAAAAGCGAAGAAGCGUGAGAGACAGAGAGAGUCGUGUUCGUAAACCGUAACCGUGUCACGGGCGUGACGUCUGGUUAACUUUUACUGAGGCUGUAAACCCUCCGCUCGCUACGUUAUGAUUAGGUUUUAUAUUUAUAUAUGUAAGUGCUCGAACGACUUCGAAACGACUAGAUAAAAGGUUUGCCCCAAUUGCUAAUCAAAUCACCAGCGAAUUUCCCUUACGUGCUCUCUUCCUAUAUAUUACAUUAUAUAUAGAUAUAUAGAUAUAUAUGUGUAAUUAUUUUGUUUUAAUGAACAUGUAGCUUGCCAUUGACGUGUACUGGCAUGAUAAAGUCAUGUCACGUAGGGAGGAUAAUGUAGAAGCUGCUGAAGCUGUUUGCUGAAAACGGUUUCAAUAGUCGACUGUAUCAGAGAAUGUGGGCGCAAGAUUAGCCCGCGUUAGCUCUCCCCGUGUAGUCAUUCGCUUCGCCACAGAGCUAUACGAAAGAAUAUGCGGAAAAUCAGUGAUGAAUCUUUGCAGCAUGACCGGUUACGCUGUAGUCCGUAGUACAAUAAAAAAAAUCAUUCCAGUCUCCAAUAUAAACACAUUGGCUUUAGCCUACCACUCAAAAUUCCAACUCCACUUACCUUAAUUUCGCCAAAUUUGGCCGUUUAUAGAACGCAAACAACCAUAUGACGAACAGACGCGGUCAUAUUAAAAUUUACAUUACGGCGACGCUAGUUAGCUAAGAUUCGUCACUGGUUUUCCACGUAGCGUUUUACUAUAGCCCUGUGGAGGUGCAAUCGGCUUCACGGGUAGAGGUAAGCCAGCGUGUGAUGAGCGCGUAAAUGUUACUAUUAUCACUAUUAUACCGCGGGCAUUCCCGCUCGUCGCGUCCGCUCUAUAACACCUCGUCGGUUAGGUUCGUUAGUGAAUCAACCACGAGAAGUUUGACAUCGACGUUGUUGUUCAACGACCAGUUUACGAAACUGAGACCUUAGUUGCCAUUCCUAAAUCAAAAUGAGCGUAAUGUGUCCUCCGAAGGCGUAAAUACAUGGCGGAUCGCCGCGUUGCAAAUCGCAAUCGCAAUCAAAAUUGAAAAAUUGUAAAUUGCGAAUCAUGCGCGUGCUUGCAGCAUCCUCGGAAUAAUACAUAGUAAUGCCGGCGGUUAGUGUUGCCAAUUAAUAUAUAUAUAUAUAUAUAUAUAUAUAUAUGGGCCUAUAUAUAUAUAUAUAUCGUACACUUGAGACAUUUAGAUGUUCCCAAUUUAAGCUUGGUGAGAUAUAGUGACUGCUGUGAAACGAGCUUGCAGCACUGCGGGCGUCAGAACGGGAUGUGAGCUUUUACACAAUCAAUGGUUACUCUAGCGACACAGUUAGCGUAAUCAGUCACCGUCCUGAUAGAUUACUAUGCUAGAGACUGCACUCAAUUGUGCCGAAUUGAUUUACUCUGACAGCCUGUGAAACAUAUAUAGGUUGAUUGUAGCAUUAUUCUAUACAUAUUGUAAUAUCCAUUACAUCAACGGAGAAACUAACGGUCUAAUAAUAGAUAUAAGUAGAACAGCGAUUUCUAAUAACACACAUAUCUUUUCUAUACAUGUACGAAUUCAUUCGUGUACUUGGAGCUAGUUUUUGUGUCACAUCUUUGUAAACUUAAAGCGUGAUGUAAAUAAGACGACUUACAAUUUCUCUGAUUCCGCUUAUAAGUUCCCAUCGCGCAACUUGUAUUUCAUAUUUCCAUACAAACCUGCAAUGUGAGUAUACACUACUAUAACUUGCGUAAGGUAAGGGGUGGAUCCAGGGGUGUUUGUUAUAUACUAGGCGUUGCUCUUGGGACAGCUAACCCCUUGUUAUUUUAUAAGUAUUUAAUGCGUAUUGAUUAACGUCAUCGCUAACUAAACCAUCUGUAUCAAAUAUGAAUCGUAUACGGGACAUAUAUCUAUAUUUAUGAGUACGACCUGUGUUUUCUCGCACGACAGACGGAUGGCGCCACUGACUACGCUCAGGCUCAGCACUCAUGUCCGCUGUGUCGUCUGCGCAGACAUCGUUUGUGUCGCCAUGAUGAGAUAAUAAGAUCACCGUGCGUCAUUCCUUAUUAUAGACGAGUGAUGAUAAGCAUUCACGUAACGUUGCCAUGCGUAAUUUGCAUCAUGGCGACAGACGUGUAGGCCUACUUCGAUCACGUGGUCGUCUACCUCUUUACAGGUGUCACUUGAUACGUUGCAGCCAGCCCUCGGCUGCUAUGUGUUACGCUGCCUGGUAGCUUGUUUGACUAGAGGUUUGUCGUCACAUGGCAAGAGGUGUGCAGAUAAAUGGGAGAUACCUUUCUUCCUCCUAAGGAGGAUGAUGGGGAGGAUGAGGAGGGGCUUGCUGUAAUUAUUCUACUUGUUAGCAUAUCUGCCGACAGGUUUUUACAAAAGUUGGUGCGUUCUACUAUCCCGUCAGAAGGCGCUGGUGGUCUGAUUAACAAGCGUCUCAAUGGAAACAGGGGAAUAUAUACUUAACUAUAUCCAUAUAUAUAUGUACACAUAUACAACAGGUGAAUCAUCAGGAGCUCUUGUAUGAUCGAUGACCGUAACCUACACUCGAUGUUGUCCAUACUGUCACACGAGUCCUAUAAUUGACUGUAUAAAUAAUCAUAGGCUAUCGCGGGUGACACAUAUUUGUAAAUAACAACGGAUUGGACUAUACUGUGUACAAUGUUUCGUUAAAUAAACAGAGAUUGUUUGUUGUUCAGAAAAUAUGGAACAGCUCAACUGGAAUAACGCGUAUACGCAUUGCAAAGUAUUCGCAGUAAAGUUCAGGUGCGUGCUUGUAUCUCUAGAUGCAUACGUACGUUUUGUGUAUACGAGCAUUCCUCGGAAGCGAGAGUCAGCGAACUGUUAUGCUUGGUCGCGUGGCGUGGUUGCGAUGGUGGUAUUUCGUGCGGCUUCGGAACACAAUAUGUUAAAGGCAUUAUUUUACUUCAACUGCUUGCUCAAAUUGUACUCUCUAAUUAACACUGACUGACGGAUGUGUGCGGAUUAUAAAUAAAUCAUUGUUUCACACGAAA